GGCGCUGCGGGUUGCUGCUGCGCGGCGUCGGGGGCGGGCGCCGCUGCGUCCUCGUCCUCAUCCUCCGGUUCCCCGCACCUCUACCGCAGCAGCAGCGAGCGGCGGCCCGCCACGCCAGCCGAGGUGCGCUACAUCUCCCCGAAGCACCGGCUUAUCAAAGUGGAGAGUGCGGGUGCUGCGGGGGAUCCCCCGGGAGGCGUGUGCUCCGGCGGCCGCACCUGGAGCCCGACGACCUGCGGAGGCAAAAAGCUGCUCAACAAGUGUGCCUCCGAGGAGACUGGAGCCGGCCAGAAAGAAAAGGUGACCAUAGCUGAUGACUACUCAGAUCCUUUUGAUGCCAAGAAUGACCUCAAGAGCAAAACCGGAAAGGGGGAAAGCGCUGGCUACAUGGAGCCCUAUGAAGCCCAAAGGAUCAUGACAGAAUUCCAGAGGCAGGAGAGUGUCCGGUCCCAACACAAAGGCAUCCAGUUAUAUGACACCCCUUAUGAACCGGAAGGCCAGAAUGUGGACUCAGACUCAGAGAGCACUGUGAGCCUUCGGCUGCGGGAGAGCAAGCUACCCCAGGAUGAUGACAGGCCUGCUGAUGAGUACGACCAACCUUGGGAGUGGAACCGGGUCACUAUCCCCGCACUGGCAGCCCAGUUCAACGGCAGUGAGAAGCGGCAGUCUUCCCCAUCACCUUCUCGGGACCGACGGCGCCAGCUCCGUGCUCCUGGAGGAGGCUUCAAGCCCAUCAAACACGGGAGCCCUGAGUUCUGUGGGAUUCUGGGAGAGAGAGUGGAUCCCACCAUUCCACUGGAGAAACAAAUAUGGUAUCAUGGAGCCAUCAGCAGAAGUGAUGCCGAGAAUCUGUUGCGACUCUGUAAGGAGUGUAGCUACCUUGUCCGGAACAGCCAGACCAGCAAACACGACUACUCCCUCUCCCUCAAGAGCAACCAGGGCUUUAUGCACAUGAAACUGGCCAAGACCAAAGAGAAGUAUGUUCUGGGUCAGAACAGCCCCCCUUUCGACAGUGUCCCAGAAGUCAUCCACUACUACACCACCAGGAAGCUGCCCAUCAAAGGGGCGGAGCACUUGUCCCUGCUCUACCCAGUGGCUGUGCGGACUCUGUGAAAAGACCAGCCUCACCCUGCUCUGUGACCAAGCCUGAUCCUGUGUUGCCAUCGGUGUCCAGUGUGUCGUGUGUAUGGUCCUGGCACACCACUGCAUGUCUUAGAAUGCUGUUGUCACUUACAGGGUCGGAGAAGGCCUGGAUGAAGAGGGACAGCCUGCUGCCGCACCACCCCAACCCGUGCCCCACCCCCUCCUUGAGUUUCUGUGAAUUAAAAUAUUUGCAAUCCAAAGAGAUGCCUUCCAGGGUAAACAAAGGUGGAGCUGCUCCAGUGGUGGGCGGGGCCCAGCGGUGGGCGGGGCCGAGCCCUGGCCUGCAUCUCUUUGUUCUCCAGCUGUCACGAACUCACCUGUGUAUGGACGAGGUUUUCCCAUUGGUGCUGGGAGCCCAGGAAGCCCUGGGAGCCACCCCUCUGGUGCAUGUCUGAGUCUCUGGGUGUGCAUAUUGAGUGUAAACACCAGAGACCAUGUCAUAAACCAGAGUAAGCCCCCAUCUACUUCUAGAUGUACACUCUGUAAUCGUUAGAUGUCAAGGAGCUAUUGUGCAGUCGAAAAGGAUACAAUUAUUUAUGAAUAGGGUGUGUAAAUAAAAUAGUCAUUUAAUAUA